AUGGCUGGCAACGUUACUCAAGAAGCUUUCGACGCAGCUAUUACCAAUCUUACCAAUCUUAUUACUACAAGUACUACUAUUAGUAAUGCUGCUAAUGCUGGUAUAGCUACAGUUAAUACAAAUAUUGUCGCGGUUUCAGAUAACCUAACCAAGUUAGAGAAAACUUGUUGUACUCAGUUUGCAAAUUCUGAAAAGAAGUUUGAAGAUAUUCAUCUGAUUCUAGACAAGUUUGUAACUACUCUUAAGAUUGAAGAUCAAGAAACUUUGAAGCUCAUGGAUGAAGCUAAAAAACCAUCAUCAUCAAAGAAGAAUAAUGAGGAUGACGACAUUCAGGAAGAACACCAAGAAAGAAUUUGGGUUGAAGACAAAAGGCUUAGGUCUUCACAAAAUCCUUACAGUUCUUUACCUAAAUACAAGUUAAAGGCUGACAUUCCAAGUUUUAAUGGAAUUUUCAAAAUUGAAGAAGUUUUAGAUUGGUUUUAUGAAGUUGAGUCUUUCUUUCAGUUUAUGGAGAUUCCAGAUCAUUCUAAAGUUAGACUUAUUGCAUAUAAGCUUAAAGGAGGUGCUGCCGCUUGGUGGAAAAAACUAUGUGAAGACAGAGUUAACUCUUCAAAACCUCCUAUUCGUACUUGGGAUCGAAUGCGCAAGUUACUGCGAUCUAAAUUCCUUCCUCUAGAUUACAAGCAACAAUUGUUUGUUAAACUUCAAAACUGUAGACAGGGAACACGGUUAGUCGAUGAACAACUAGUAGCCAGAUUUAUAGAAGGGUUGAAUACUUUGAUUCAACAUGGAAUGGUUCAGUCAUUUUUCACCAUGGUUGAAGCUAUCCAACAGGCGAUUAAAGUUGAACGUCAUCUUCUUCGUUCAUCUAAGAUCUCUCAACCUAGACAAAGUCAUUAUCAAGGUCUUCAUAUCAAGAUGAUAUUAGCCAUGCAUAUCGUCAACCCUACACUUAUUUUGCCUACUCCAAUGGAGAUUCAAACUGUUCAACAGACUCAAUUCCAACAAAAUCGAGCUGCUAUUACUUCUUUAAUUAAUGAAGUUAAUGAUGAUUUUAUUGAACUCAAUGAAGACGAUUCACCUGCAACUCAAGAUGAAGACAAUUUUGUUGGUAUGAUUCGUCCAGUUCUUCUUACACAACCAUGUCCUUCUCAAAGACACGGUAUUUUUAGAUCGAAGUGCUAUAUUGGUGGUAAGAUUUGUAAUAUGAUAAUUGAUAGAGGUAGUGUCGAUAAUUAUGUUGCUGCUCACGUGGUUAGAAAGCUCGGUCUACCAGUACAUCCUCAUCCAGUACCUUACUCUGUGAAAUGGGUUAAUAACUCAAGUUAUAAAGAUUCAGUUUUAUGUGAUGUUAUUGAUAUGACUGCAACACAUCUUCUUUUUGAUCGACCCUGGCAGUACGAUCAUCAGGCAGUACACAAUGGUUUCGAAAAUACUUAUACUUUCAUUCAUAAUGGGAGAACCAAAAUUCUGUGCCCAUCAAAAUCAACUGCAGUUAUUCGAGAACAUUGUGAAGAAAAAACCAGUACUAUUGUAGACAUUAUUGUUUGUUCUUUACGACAACAACAUUCUUUAAACUCCCAUGACGAAUCUAAACCUAUGAUUGAGUUACCUGACAAGGUUCAACCCUUGUUAUUUCAAUAUAGUGUUUUUUUUCCAGAUGAGUUGCAAACUACAUUACCACCAUUAAGGAAUAUUAAGCACUAUCUUGAUUUUAUUCCAGGAGCCUCUCUACCUAAUCAAGCACACUACAGGUUGAGUCCUACUGAACAUGAGAUUUUGCAAGGACAAGUGAAUGAUUUACUUCAAAAAUGCUUAAUUAGACCUAGCAACAACCCUUGUGCUAGCCCUGCUUUCUUAGUUAGCAAGAAAGAUGGUGGAUGGAGGAUGUGUAUCGAUUGCAGAGCAUUAAAUCGAAUCACAAUUCCUUAUAGAUUUCAUAUACCUCGUAUUGAUGACAUGAUCGACUUGCUUUCGGGUUCUAUUAUCUUCACAAAGUUGGACUUACGUAGUGGAUAUCAUCAUAUACGAAUUCGGGAAGGAGAAGAAUGGAAGAUAACAUUCAAGACGCGUGAAGGAUUAUAUGAAUGGAUUGUCAUGCCAUUUGGAUUAUCUAAUGCACCAAGUACCUAUAUGAGACUCAUGAAUCAGGUUCUCCAACCCUUUCUUAGUCAAUUUGUUAUUGUGUAUUUUGAUGACAUUUUGAUUUUUAGUCGAAGUGAACAAGAACACCUUGAUCAUCUGUCACAAGUAUUUCAAGUUCUUACUGAAAACUACUUAUAUGUUAAUCCGAAAAAGUAUUUUAUGAUGAAUACUGGUUCUAAAACAUCACUCGAGUCUGCAAAAAUAUCUUCAGUUGAAGGAAUAAAAAUUCCUUCCAUUGAACUACCAAAUGAUUUAUUUGAGAAAAGUUUAGAUCCAUGGAGGUUUUCUCUAAUUGGUAGAUUAAAUUUACAAAAAAUCAAAUUUAUAGAUGCUGCUAUAAUUCUUCGAAAUCAAUGGAAAUUAGUUGGAGAAUGUAAACUAAUUCCAUUUGGUAGAGGCUUCUUUACAAUUAAACUGGAUAAUGCUACAGAUCGUGAUUAUAUCAAAUCUCAAAUAUGGGAAGUUACAGAUCAAGUAUUGAAAGUCAGAAAUUGGGUUUAUAAUUUCAGACCUGCUAAUCAAAGAACUUCCAAGGCAUUUGUUUGGGUGAGAUUUCCAGGUUUAGGUCUUGAAUUCUGGAGUGAAUCAAUUCUCUUUAAGAUAUGUAAGGAAAUUGGUACUCCAAUUAAGAUUGAUGCAGCAACAGCCAAAUGUGAUGUUGGAUAUUAUGCAAAUGUAUUGGUUGAAGUAGAUUUUGCUUUUCCAAUCCCAAACAAAGUAUGGAUAUGA